AUGGAGCCUCCAAGAGAUGACAAGACGAGUCUAGGGUCCACGGAACCACCCGUAGCAUCUGCUGAUGCUCUAUCUGCAUACCGAAAGGCCAAGGAUUGGGUUUCUGAAAACCCUGGCCAAGCGGCGUGCUACACGGUCGGCGCGGCCAGCCUUGCCGUCGUCGCCGCACCGGCCUUGGUUUCGGCCCCUAUAUUGACCGCGAUGGGAUUUGGAGCCCAGGGCGUUAUUGCCAAUUCAGCUGCGGCCGCGGCUCAAGCAAGCAUCGGCAACGUCGUGGCACCGAGCCUCUUCUCCACAUUUACGAGCGCCGGGAUGGCUGGAUACGGGGCCGCCAUAGUGAACGGUGCAGUGCAGGCCGGCGCCGGUGCUACGGCUGCUGGGUCCGGGGGAUAUAUCGCAGCGAAACGAUGGUUUGGAGGGGAGGAGAAGAAGACGGAGUCAGAAGAGGAUGAUAGAGCGUCGGAAGACAAUGGCGACUCUGGCAACGGCUCAAGCAGCAGUCCUAGUCGUCGACGAAUCUGA